UUUGACUUUAGUUUCUGCACCGCGCCCAGGUUUUGGUAUAAAUACUACCCAGGUUACGAUUCCAAACCAUACUAGAAACGCAAACGUUCCAAGUAACAUAUCAAAAUGAAAUUCCUGGUUGUCGCCGUUGCCCUCUUGGCUGUUGCCCACGCCGAUGUCUCCCACCUGUCCGGCUACAACUACGCUCCCGUGAGCGUCCCGGCUCCAGCUCCUCUGCCCAUCAAGGUGGCCCCCGCCCCAGUGCCAGUCAACACCUACAUCCCUCCUGCACCCGUGAGCAUCCCAGCCCCUGCUCCCAUCCAGAUUGAGGUGCCCGCCCCAGCUCCAGCUCCAGUUGCCAUCCCCGCUCCUGCUCCCAUCAAGGUUGCUCCCGCUCCAGUCAACACCUACAUCCCUCCCGCACCCGUCAGCAUCCCAGCCCCCGCUCCCGUCCAGGUGGAGAUCCCCGCCCCGGCUCCAGUUCCAGUGUCCCUGCCCGCUCCCGCUCCCGUCAACACCUACAUUCCCCCCGCACCCGUGAGCAUCCCAGCCCCCGCUCCCGUCCCCGUCAAGGUUGCCCCUGCUCCCGCUCCCGUUCCCGUGCUGGCCCCUCAGCCCGUCCUGGAGGAGAUUGAGCCCGUGUCUGCCGAUGGCUACCGUUACAAGACUGUCCGUCGCCGUGUGAUCCGUCGCCGUUACUAGAGAGCAACUCCUUCGAGGAUCCUGUUGAGAGGACCUUAGGGAUAGCGAGAAGUUUCCUAAAUAAAAAAUGAAUUUAAUACUUUAA